UAAUAUUCUCGCUAUUUUCGAUUUUUAUUAUAUAUUAUAUAUUAAUAUUCUAUAUAUUAUCUCUGUAUAAGAAUUCGUAUAUGUAUUGUAUUCCUCAUUAAAAAUGUAAAUAAAAUUUUCUUUUAAUAAAUAUUUAUUUAUCGUCAAUUUUAUUUUCGUAAUUCACUACAGUAUUGUUAUAGUACCACUAGGGUCUCGCAGGUUAUUUUAUUAUUAUUGUAUUUAAAUGUUAAAAUCUAAAUUUUAAUUGUAAUUCUAUUGCCAUAAUUAAAUUUGUGUUGAUUCGAGUCUGGAUCGCAUGAUUAGGAACGCCGGCUGAAAAAGUAGAAAACGUUGCGAUAUAUAUAGGUUCAUUUACCAAAAAAAAGUAUUACGCUUGGUAAAAUGGAAAAACAAUAAAUAAUCGCCCAAAUAAAACUACGGCAAUAUUUAGUCCUGACUUGAAUCCUGGUAAAUAAUCAAAAAAUCUUCGAGUACAGUAAUUGUAAAUUACAAAUCUAUUGAUUUAUACUAACGACCAUAAAAUUAUAAACUAUAUGAUUCAUUAGUUGCAACACGAGUUACAACUUUAUUUGUAAUAAUAUUACCGUGGGUCUUGUAUUUUACUUUGAUUUGAACCGUAAUAUCAUAUGAUGUCUACCUUUCCAAUUAUCAAAAUAAUUUUAAAGACCCUAAUUCGGGAGUUGCACAAUAAUGAUAAAUGAGUUGGUGAUGAUUUGGUUAACGUUCCAAAUAAAUUAUUCCAAUUACUUAUCAUUAUAAAUAUAUUAUUCAUUUAAUUAUUUACAAUUAUUUAAUCACAUUACUAAUUCCAAAAUAUUAAAAAUAUUACUACUUCUAAAUAAUAAUUUAAGAACCUUUCAAUUUACCGUUAUGCCCUUCAGGCUAUGUAACGCGCCCGCAACUUUCCAACGCCUUAUGGACGAAGUGCUCCACGACGAAUUAGGAGUAAUUAUGCAAUUUUUCAUAUAUACGGUAUGUUACAUUAGAAAAUAUAUCAGGCGAAAACUAGCAUCCUUUGAUGAUCAAGAAACCAUCAACUCAUUAUUAUUCUUGAAAAGAUAUAAUUAUAACAAUGGGUCACAAAUAGCUUGAAUAAUUAAUAUAAUUAAUUCUUCUAUUCUCAAUCUCAUUAUAAAAUUUUUUCAUCAAUAAUUAUUUCAAUUAGUUCACCAUUAUUUUUAAUAAAACUUUGUUAAAUCAGCACAAUCAUUUUCUAAAGUAUUUUCAUUAAUAAAAA